CCUGACGGAUGAGCGGCCCGGGCCCUGGACUCCCACCUCCGAUUUGGCUCUGUGCCGGGUGGUGGCGACUGCAGCCUGGCGGUGGGGGCGGCCCCGCGGUCUCCGCCGGCUUCUGCGCGCCGCCUCUGCUCUUUGCAUAGUAAUUUCAGUUCCUGCGAGCACUCUGCUCGCUCCGCUCCCGGAACAGGUCUCAGAAGAACCGCCGCUCCGAGCACACGGGAGCCAUCCCCGUGGCGCCGAGAGCCGCUGCUUGGGAUAUGCGACGGGAGCCCCCACCACAGCCGAGGCAGUGGGCCAGCCGCGCUGAGAAGAGCCAGGCGAGAGGCAGGUUAGCAGAGCUGGCAAUUGGGAAGAAAAGCUGAAUGUGAAAUGGAGCUGAGCAGGAACUAAUCGGAACCUGCAAGACAAACCAGAGCCUGUGUUGGACUUCUACCUCCUCCAACCCCAGUGACCUGGGAGAACCAUAGAAGGAGCUGGCACUAUUCACUGGAACACUAUUCAUGCACCGACCAGAAGCUGGGGAUGAGGACCUCUUGGGAGGCAAAGGACCAUAGCCUGACUGCCAUCUGACAUCACCAAGAUCGGUCCUUCAGAGAAAUCAUCCCUGAUUGUGUCUUCACUCUGACCUACGACAGCUUCCCAGUGGGAGCACUGCUCAGGGGAGAGCUCUGAGGUUUUCCUGAAGAGAAAUUCCAUGGGGACUGUACCUGACCCUCUAAUAUUAGCUAACACUUCCCUGAUCACAGCUACCGGAAAAGAAGAGGACCUAGGAGAGGUACAGGCUGCCUCACCUCCGCCUCAACCAGCCCUCCUGUGUAAGAACACCGAUGGCCUUUCCAGCAAGCCUCGGGAACCAGCCCUCAGCCCCAGGGCAGCUUCGGAGGCCCUGAUGCAGGCCUGUGAGCAUGAGGCCGCGCGGCCAGACAUGUCUUCUCCUGGCAUCUUCAAUGAGGUGGAGCAAGCAUCUCCCACACUCAACUCCCCUGGCAAUACCCAGCGGCCAGGAAACAGCAAGCCCACAGCACCAACCCCGUGCUCUGCAGCAGUGAAGGAUCUUACACACACAGCGUGUACCAUGCCAGCCAGUCAGCACCACCACCAGGCCAUCCCGGGGGGCCAGCCCAACGCCAGCGCCGCUUCGGGAUCUGAAGAGACACUGGGGAAAUCACAGAGAACCUCAGAUGGAGAGCAAUCUGAGACGCCGAGUUGUCCUGUGGGAGGCACUUGUAGCAGCAGCCAAGAUCAAGUGCCCUGUGAUUUUCCUUCUCAAGACACAAUCCCGGGAGUGGUGCAGACUGCAAACACAGCGCCCAGGAUGCUCAGUCAUGCCGCCCCUCCUGCAGGCGGGCCUGAAGGGGACAAGCAGGGAGCCAUGUCCGACGCCAAGACGAGGGCCUGUGACUCUCCAGCCAGAGAAGACGGAUGUUCAGGGAACACACAGCCCUCUGCCACCACCGCUGACACCCAGGCGGUGAGUCCUGGGACACCUCAACCAUCCCACCUCUCCAGCAAAGGUUCGACGUUUCCUCCAGAGCCAGAGAAGACGCUGCUAGCAGCACCGCACCAGGCGUCCAGGUUCAAAGAAGCCAGUACGAUGACCAAUCAGGCUGAAAAUGAGGUCAAGGAAGUUCCCAACAGGGCUCAGCAGGAUGCGGAGGUGCAGGCCGUGGCCAGUGUCGAGAGCAGAUCCGUCUCCACCAGCCCCAGCAUCCUCACUGCGUUCUUAAAGGAAACCCCUGCUCCUGAGCCUUUGGAACAAGAGCAGCUACGUGUGGUUUGCCAUGGCAGUGGGAGACAGGUGUUGGAGCUGUCAGUCAACAAGCUAUCCCCCCAGGAGUCGGGGCGGUGCCCUGGCAUCAUGCCAGAGGCGCACAGCCAGGCAGCUGCAGCUGUCUCCACGGCUCUCCAAGGGGAUAGUAGAUGGGUGAGCCUGCCAGGGGAGGUCCCCAAUACCUCAUCCAUCAAUGAGGCAUCCAGCAAUGCCCAGGAUAAGCGUACAGACGAUGGGAGGUCAGCUGGAAUGACCCCAGGGAUGCCCACGUCUAAACAGCUUUCUGCUAAUUCUAGCUCCCUGAAAGCUAGCCUCACCGACCAGAUUUCCAUCAGUGCAGGAAGUCAAGAUGAAACCAGUCACGGGUUGGGGACAUUUGGAACCAAGCCAUCUGAGCUUGCAGUGAAAACCACAGGUGGCCACAAAACAGACCCUGAUUGCAAACUCUCUGCCUCCUGUGGCCCUGCCAGCAAAGCUGAGCAGUUCGGGGGCUCCGACCCCACGGAUAAAGGAGAUGCAAGAGAGAAGAAGCCUGCAUCUCUUCCGGUAGGAAAAGAACAAGAAUCGAAAGGCACGAAUCUCCAGGAUGGGAAAGCAAGGGCAGAGGGCAAAAGCCUACUGCUCAAUCCUAAAGCUCAAGAAAGUGGAGGCUCGAGCUCAGCUGCCAGUCCCAUACCCUCCCCCGUUAGAAAUAACCAGGAGGGCACCGUGGAAGAACACAGGCCGGCCAAACCAGCCACCAGCCUGAGCCUGCCGUCUGAACCCAUGGGUGACUCCAGUCCUGGCUCGGGCAAGAAGACCCCUUCUCGCUCGGUCAAGGCCAGCCCGCGCCGCGCCAGCCGGGUCAGCGAGUUCCUCAAGGAGCUCAACGUGACGGCGGCCGCCCAGGUGGGACUCACCCCAGGAGAGAAGAAGAAGCAGCUGGGCGCCGACUCCAAGCUGCAGUUGAAACAGUCCAAGCGGGUCAGGGACGUGGUGUGGGACGAGCAGGGCAUGACCUGGGAGGUGUACGGCGCUUCCCUGGACCCGGAGUCGCUGGGCGUCGCCAUCCAGAACCAUUUACAGAGACAGAUCCGGGAGCACGAGAAAUCCAUCAAAGCGCAAAGCAGCCAGGCCCGGAGGUCCAUUUCCUCGGAUACGUCUUCGAGUAAGAAGCUCAAAGGCAGGCAGCACGGCGUGUUCCAGUCCAUGUUGCAGAACUUCCGACGCCCCAACUGCUGCGUCCGCCCUGCCCCGUCCUCGGUGUUAGAUUGACGGGGAGCGUGUGUGGGAGCCCUGGUACACCUGGAGGGUCUUCCUACGGGUCCAUCCAGGUCAGCGCUUGCUCGGUUUCCUCCCACCCCCAUCCCCCAGAGACCAAGAAGAGAAAGCGAGUAUUAACUACAGGAAAUUGCUACUAAGAAUUGUUGGGUCCUUUGACUGGAGCUCCAUAAAUUAAAAUAUCUUUUCAGUUCGGGUCACACAAGGGAAACGAAGACAUUUCACUCUGCAAGAAGGAACAAGAGGAAAGCAAGCGUCCCUGAAAGUUCUCCACCUCAAUCAAGAGGAAACAAGAUUCCCUGGGGUUUUUUCAUAGGUUGUUGCUUAGAGAACCAGCAUUGUCGUUAUACGUGUGUCAUUUUGUGCCACUGUCUCAAUUGAACGCACUAUGGUAUUUCCAUUAAAACCCCGGCUUUGUGUUAAAAAUACCAGAAACGCUAUUAGCAAAACCACCGUUACACUUUCUAGUCCUGUUGUAACAAGAAUGCUGUUGCCAUGCAAAAUUUAAGUAGCUGAUAAGAACUAUAAUGGAAAAAAGGUAAAACAAAUUUGACUCAUUCCUAGGCCAGAGGACAUGAAGUAAAAGCAUUUAAAUGCAUACGAUACCAAAUAUGAAUUAAUAUUUGUAAACGUCUACAGAUAACCAUUUUUGUAAACCUUGUUAUACCUCUUCAUAAAUUUAAGAAAGUUAUAGGAAGGAAAUUAGCUAGGCUUUUGAAUAUGAAUACUGCCCACAUAAUACAUGAAUUUAUAUAUAUAUAGAUUUUCCAGCGCCAAAGGCAAGAUGCAUCUCCGUGAUUCAGACUAGAUUAAAUUCCCAUUUCUUUACCCCAGAGAAAGUACAUGUGGCUGAAUUCUUGAAAAGAGUCAUCAAGUUAUUGAUAAUAUUAAAUUUUAUGUUGUACGGGUGUUCUCCAAAAGCAUUCUACUGAAAUGUUAAGGUUCUGGUAAGGAAUCAUAAACAACCAGUUAACAAACACUCUUCUCUCUGUGUUGAAAAAAAAGGAAAAUUUCCUGAGUAACAAAAACAAUGGGUUUAAUUUAGACUCCACUAAACAGGAGGCUGUUUGUGUGUUUCUUUUGAUCUGGUUCAGUAACUUCUAAUAGGAAAUGUAGUCAACAGCAAAUAGAACACCAGCUUCCUUAUAGUUUUUGGAUGUAGACUAAUAUCAUGUAAUUGCUUACGUUUCUAAUCUAUAGCAAUAAGGUAACCUCUGCAAAUGUUGAUUUUAAGAGAAAUACCAUCAUAUCUCAUUCUUCAAACCCAAGAAAAGAGAGGCUUUUACUAAAACACAGUUUGAGCUUUGGUCCUGGAAAACAUAGGCACCUGUUUGAGCUCAGCCCCUUCCUGCUUCCAGAAAUUGACCCUGUCCAUGUGACCCAUGAGCAUCUAGCAGGCACUGGGCUAGGAUGACCAGCAGUGGCUUGAGAAUUGGGGUAGCGAGGAAGAGGGGAAUGAGCUAGGGCCCUGGAAAGGCUUCCCCUCCUGGAUUCACUGUAGGGAGAUCGCUGCUCACCACCUUGCGUUUAGAAAAUCAGGUUGUUAGAUGUUGAAGAGGCACUGCUUGUCUUCACUAAACUCACUCUCCUAGAUGAGACAGAUGGCCAUGUAGUCUCUCUCCGGAGACUCAUAAAUACCAUUUUUGCAUGAACUCAAAGUCCCUGUUUUGGCUUUUUUUUUUUUUUCAUUCUUUUUGGCAGAUGCUGAACAUAUUGGAGGAAACCAUACUUGAACUUUAACACAAGCUACACUGGACACAACCUAAAUUAGUAAUAGCCAUUGAUUUCUUUCAAAUCAAUUGGACUGUAUACAAGGCCUGCAUAGGAGACCACAGUCACAGCAUCCUCAGAGCCUGAGAAUGGUACUUAACAAUGGUUGUAUUUGGAAUUUAUAAUGAAUUUUUUCAUGAUACAAUUUUUAGUUUCUUAAGAGUUGGCCUGUAUUGAGAAUGCUGUCUAAAGUAGAAAUUACUAUGAGAUUAACAAUCACAUUAUUAUUUAAUGAUCAGAGAUUUGGUCUAAAACUCUCUUUUGGCCUUACAUACCCAUUUGUUGUAAUGUUCAUGUCACUUCUGUCAGAGAUGCCUUUUCCGGGAUGUAAUCUCACUCCUGCCUCUCGCUCAUGUUGUCUCCCUCACAUGUCGCACGUGCUGUGUACACACAGAGAACACCCUGUGUACACAAUGGCAGCUGUCAACAGCACCCACUGCAGCAGGGUGGGCCCCAGGUAAUCCUCUGUGCAAAGUGGCUAGAACAGGCUGUUCCUGCAUUAACAUAGGAGAAAAGGAAGAAUUCAGCAUCUGGUAAUAAUAUUUAUUUUCAUGCGUUUGGAGUAACCACAUGAUUUAUAAAUAGUUAAAUGAGGCAGAGGCCUCAAAGAGUUGUAGGCAUUUGUUGCACAUUAAAUAAAUUUAAAAUUAAAUUAAUUAAAACUAAAUUUGGUAUAGUUGUGCCUCUCAGUAAAACUUAAUGUUUGAGAUAGUAACUUAAACUGGUUUUCUUUGGUGCUGGCACCAGCCCUGACUUCUUAAUCUUUAAUUCUUUAUUAUUUAUCUUUACUGCUGCCAUACUGUAGAAAUUGUCAGAAAAUAUUUCAAAAGCUUUCUUGUUUUGUUGUUUAUUGAAUCUUAUAGAAGGUACAGCUUUUAAGAACAGGGUCACAGUUUGAUUCCUGGACAGGGCAUAUGCCCAGGAUGCAGACUUGAUCCCCAGUGGGGGCAUGCAGGAGGCAGCCAAUCAAUGAUUCUCUCUCAUCAUUGAUGUUCCUAUGUCUCUCUCCCUCUCCCUCUUCUCUGAAAUCAGAAAAUAUAUAUAAUUUUUUUUAAAAAAAAUAGUAACAGAAAUAGAUCAUCAAAUGGAUAAAUCAGAUAGGAGCCUGUUCAAGACAACCAUGUUUUUACAUUAUGAUACCCUACAUACUCUCACAAUAAAACCUUGAUUUGAAAUUUUGCCUUCACUUUGGUCUGUGACACAGCAUAAACAUUCACUAUGUCAUUCAUGACUCCUUAGGUUCACUCAAUAAAUGGGGUUGCAAAACAACUUUAAUGGCAGACUCUUUGAAUUUGUUUAGUUAUUCCUUGCCUGCAGGACACACAUUGGGUUGAAAGUUGUUUGUUUUUGUCCUUAAUUUCUUUGGUUAUGGUUUGACUCUUCUUAAUGCAUUUUAAUUGUUGAAAUAAAUGAAGGAAGUGUGUUAUUAAGUAAAUAAAUAUAAAAUAUUUCUUGAACCAAUAGUAAAAGAAAAAUGAGUUAGAACACAGAGUCUGGAAGAUAAUGAAACAUUUAAAAUGUUAAGAGACCAUGCAGCCUACCCAGUAAAUAAUAGAUUUUUUAAUUUAAAUCAUGAUUUUCCUAUUUUUAGGAUGACAAGAAAAUGUCAUCCCUUCAACUGUCAUGUUUAUCUUUAGUGCUUUUCUAAUUUUGUCUUUCUUGAUUAUUGGUUUUAAUGCACAGACCAACUACUUCACAUAUAGUAAGUUUGUAAUCAACCUCUGUGUGUUUUGGAUCUGUGGCAUGAGUUGAACAUUUUAUUAGGUUAAAACUAACCAGAAACCUUUUUGUUUGCAUCCAAAAUGAUAUAUUUUCUACCCUAUAUGAGUAUUACUUCCUACCUUAGUAAGUUCAGACAUAUUGAAUAUCAUUUGAUUUUUUUAUGGGUUUUUUAAUCUUUAGAAUUAUCUGAUACUCAUUUCGGAUACCAGUGUUCUCCACGCUAUAGGUUAAAUAUCAAAAUUUAAAUGAAUUUGACUGAAUAUGCAUGUAUAACAUAUAACCUGGAGCUUGAAUUUUAAAACUGAAUCUUAAUAGAAUUGAGCUUGUCAUCUUAAAAUAGAAAGCCAGAAAGAAGUUCCUAUCAUUCUGGAAUACCUGUAUAUACCACGUGAAAAAUAUACUAUGACAUGACUUUAAAAUGUGUUUACAGGGGAUCUAUAUGAGUAUGCUAUUAAUGUAAAUUAUUUGGCCUUUUCUGUAUCUGCUCUGAUUUACUGGCUAAAUGUGAAAAUGUUCCUCCAACAUAUUGUACACGUGUUAAAAGAUUUGUCCACUUCUAGUACCAUAUAACUCACCACAUCCCUUGUCCACUUUUUAAGAAUCAACAUAAAAACAGUGCAUUAGAAUAAGGUUUGCAUAUAUGUACAUGUGUUUUUACUGAAAAUUAGGUACUUGUAGACUUUUGUAGGCCUCUACCUGUCUGAUUUAUCAAUCAUCUACAAUGCUGCCAUGGAGAUGAUGCUGUUUAUUCUCUCCUGCUUUGUCCUAAAUGGUGUUUGAGAAAUGAGGCCUGUGAAUUCCCCUUUGUGAUAAUUAUACAGUGAACUCAGCAGUAUCUUGAUGAAUGAGCUGACCAUCUUGUCCCCACCCCUGUUUUUUUCUAUACAGUAAAUCAGAAAUCUUGUCCACGUUUGCUUCGGUAUUUACUAUUUUAUAUUCAUAUCUGAGCAUUUGUUUCCUGUUAGCAAUGUUCCUUGUGUGAAGCCCUUUUGGUUGACUCUCUCCAAAUGCUGGGCAGCUGCUGCCACUUGGCAAACAACAAGUGAUAUGCAGAAGCUCCUGUCCCUCCUUCCUAAUGAAAUUCUGCAACUGGCUGAGUAAUUAUAAAUGUCAUUUGUGCAGACGCAUGGACUUAGGAUGGCUACAAAAUUUUAGACAUUUUUGCAAAAAAGGAAAAAAUAGUCUUGUAAAUAUUGAAAUAGAUUUUCAUGAACUUUAUUCUAGUCUUGGGGGAAAAAACUCUCCUUGGCUACAGAAAUCAAAUAAACUUGAUUUGCAAUGACCAAGGACCUAGAUGAAGUGGAUGAAGGUGGGAAAAUUCUGUCUCACAAGUAACCAGAGGUCAUGACAACUACUUUUAACUGUGAACACUCACCAGCUAACCUACUCACUUGCCACAACCAAAAAACCUCUCUAAGUAAAUCCAAUACAUCGGUAUAUAUGUGUAGAUAGAAAUAACAAAAUAGCCUAAAAAAUUACUGUUGGCUCUUAGGUAAUCAAGGUGAUGAUCAUUUUAAAGGACAUUUAAAUAACCAUGGGCCUUGGUGAAAUGACUGUGGAGGCCAGAAUGGUGCAACAAGAUGUGAUUUACAAGUUUGGUGUGUGUGUGUGUUUUAAGUUCCAGAUAUUUCAGAAACUAAUCAUGAGAAUAAAGACUGUUGAAUAUGAAAUUAAAGCCAAGCAAUAAUGUGCCAAAAAGAGGCAGUUAUACCAGCACAUGCAUCUACUAUGGGCACACCACUAUAUAGUCAUGGUCUGCUCCAUGAAGACUGUAACCCACAGGAUAAAGAUGUAAAGGCUUCAUUUCUCCUUUCUUACUGGAAAAGCUUGAUUAUGAGCUUAUGAAGGAGGUACAACACCAGUGAGCAUUAUUGGGGAUAUGGUUAACAGCCGAGACAGGAAAGGAGUCAGAAAGUCUUGCUAGCUUAAAACUCAAGACAGCUCCAUCCGGAAACUUGGAGAAAUUAAACAUAUGGUAAUUACUCUUCCUGGACACUUGCAUGUAAAGCAAUUGGAUUAACUCUGCCUGGAGGAUUGCCCACCUUAGCUAUGAAAAAAAUGGUUUUCCAAAUGUAAAGUAACUAAAACAUGAGUACUCAUAUCAAAAGGGGCCUCAAAUAAUGCCUUACAGAAAGAAAAUGAUGUUCCAGAUGGGCGUUCCUAAAUACUACUUCUUCAUCAAGUAUCUUUUUGGUUUCAAGCUCAACUCCACUGGCUGCAAAACAAUAGGAAUAAAAGUCAGAUAAUUUGCACUUCAGAAAAAGGUACUGAUGAUCAACCAGCAUGCUGACAAUUAUGGUGAUACGCCAGUGAUUUAAGUGUAUUAACGAGAAUUAAAGGGGAGAGAAAUGCUGACUUCUCUUUUGAUUUCCUAAGAUGUGGGGAUGUCAUCCACUUAUUUCCGGGGUGAAAAUUAUAGUUUGCUUUUUGACAUUGCUGCUAGCAUUACUCUUUAUUACUUUAAAAUUAAAUUGUCUAUUGUUUAGAAAAACUUUUAAGCAGUUACACAAUUUUUUUCUGAUUCUUAUCAUUGCUUUUAAUAUCAAGGAAAGACUAUGUAUAGAGUAAACUAUAUUAAAUGAGUAAAAAAGCUUAUCCAGGUUUAUCAGUAUCUUUUAAUGAUUUUUAGAUUAGAUUCCUUAACGUUUAUUUUAACUGCAUCUUUGAGUAAAAUUAUUUUUCAUAAUGUUUUCCAUCGUGUCUUAAAGUGAUGUUGGUAAAUUGGGAGAUUGCAGUAUUAUAGCCAUACUCCUGAAUCCCAGAGGAGAGGAGAGACUAACUCUUGUCUUAAGGGCAUCUUGAGAUACCUUAACUAAGGUUGAGAAAGGUCAAUGGGGCCUGGAAACUCAAGAAAGAAAUAUACUAACAAUGACUAAAUGUCUAAAUGUAUUUAUCUCUGCUGUACUAAUAUGUUGUGAACAAUACGUUGUGCAUAAUACUGUAGCUGGCCGUGGUAUGUCAAUAGUUCUGUAGGUGUGUAUGGUCUGCGAGUGGUUGGUUUUCUAUUUUUAUGUGUAGAAAAAAAUAACAUGCCGUAUCCCAUUUUAAGACCAAGUUCUGUCAUAAGGUAGGCACAUGUACAAAAGUGAAUAAAGCCAACAAAAGUGUGCAUGUGUACUCAGUAACAGUCCUUUCAUUUUUGAAGGUCAGAAAGGGCUGUUGUUUUUUUAAUCAUCUUCAAAAGUAGAUUACAUAAUUAUCACAAAGACUGAAUAUAGUAAUCAGUACAUUGGCAUGUUGCUAAAUAUGCCAGGGCCAAUUAACCAUGCCGUUAGUCACAGGUAAGGUCAGUUCUUUGACCACUGGGAUGAUUUACAUUCCUCACACAUCCUCUCCAUGUUAAGUGUGUGACUAGGAUGUACAUACUAUGGGUGUGAUUGUGUACAUACCUCGUAUGAAUUAUCUAAAUCCUCAAAGCAGCUACAGGAAAGCAGGAAGAAGAAACAGUUGUUCAAAAGCCUCAAAAGGGCUAAUCAAUGUGUAUUUUUAUUUUCUACACAUAAAAAUGUGUACAUAACAUACUGUAAAUAGCUUGCCCACAUAUAUAUGCACACAUAAAUGCAUUUUAUUCAUACUAGUAUAUUUAAGUAAAUCACAAAACAACUCAUUGAAAACUGCAUUUUUCUAUGGCUGUUCUGUUUUACAUAUAUUAGUAUCGGGUCAGAUUCUCCAUUGAAUGGUGUUAAUCCCUGGUAGCAGAUUUAGAAAAUUAGGAAAGCUCCACUGGGCCACAAAAGUCUACUUAGCAUCUUACUGAGGCACACACUGUUCAUGAGCAGCUAUAGAGGUUUAAUGCUGUUUCUUUAAGCACCUAAUUUUAUAUCUGAAAAUGACAAAUACUGGGGAAAACCAAUUAUGUUUCAUAGACUCUGUUUGUACAUUUAUUAGUGUAUUUAUUUGCACAGGCUGAUAAAAGCCCUACUUUUUUUUAGAGAUAUAUCCAUAGGUUUCAAGAGUGUUAUAAUCACAUGAAGUGAAAAAUGAUUGUAGACAUUCUUUUUUCCCCCCUUAUGAUCAGCCAAACGAUGUUUAGCAACACCAAAGAGAAGUCUAGAGUAAAAAAUUUGUUUUAAUUAUAGAUGAUGUUGGUAGGACAAUGGGAUAUGAACAGUUGUGAAUUCUUUAAGAUGGAUUCAAAUAAAUUAUUAAUAACAGGUGAUGCUGUGUGGACUUGAUAACAAGAUUAGAGUCAUUAACCAGCAAAUGUCAACACUGGACAACAUUUUUCAAUUUGUCACAGUUCCAGUCUGUGAACUGAUGUUGUUUGAGUUACACUCAUUUCUUCUGAAAGGAAAUACACUAUUAAAAUAAAAAAGUCUGAUCUGGUUCCUAAAACCUAGUCUGAUUUGACCCCAAUUCCUUGACACUAAAACUUAUGUGACUAAGUAUUCAGUUUAAGAUAUGAAUGGAAAAUAACAGAAUUUCCCAUUAACAGAGAAUUCUGCAUGGUAAAGUACAAAUAUAACCACUUCUCAGUAGAAAGUUAAUGAUACCAUUUAAUACGUAUUUGUAUUUUAGAGAAUGAAUGUGCCAUCUUUAUAUGUUAGAUAAAAAUAAAAGGUUAACCAACCAUAAGAACACUAUAGUUACAACUAUAGCUGGCUGUGUUUUUUAACUAAUAAAAACAUACUUGUUUAUAAGAACAGCAUACCUGAAUUCUUGAUUUUUUGUCAAUAUUUACUGUUGCUUAGAAGAUAAAUUUAAGUAAUUAUUUUGGAAAAUGUGUAUUAAUUUAAGUGCCACCCCCAAAAAUUAUAGCUAUCAAUGUGAAAAUCAUUCAUGUUUGUAAAUACUCAGCUGAGAAAGACCAAAAGUGCAGUGUAAGGUUAAAUCACUGAAGAUAUAGUAAUACCAAAAUAAAAUUCCAUUUAUGAAUGUACCAAUAUUAAUAUCGAAAAUUACCUCCUCACUCUAGCGAGUUUUGCUCAGUGAGUAGAGCAUUAGCCUGAGGACUGAAAAGUCCCAGGUUAGAUUCCGGUCAAGGGCAUAUGCCCAGGUUGCAGGCUCAACCCCAGUGUGGGGCAUGCAGGAGGCAGCCAAUCAAUGAUUCUCUCUCAUCCUCUCUCUUUCUCUCUCUCUAGCUCUCUCUCUCUCCCUUUCUCUCUGAAAUCAACAAAUAUAUAUAUAUAUAUAUAUAUAUAUAUAUAUAUAUAUAUAUAUUUACCUCCUCAUGAUGUCUAUAUACAAUACAAAAGUCAUAAAAUAGUUUAUUUGAGAAAGUCCCCAUCCUCUAGAAAUUGACCUACCAAUUAAAUUUUAUUUCCUAGAAAAAAGAUGAAAUGUUAUGAUUUAUAGAAGGAUAGAUCAAGACUUUGAAAUUAUAUACACUUCCACCUUCAUUUUGGAUUUGAUUUUUGAAUGGAUGAAUGAAUGAAAUUCGACUGAUGACUUAGUUUUACCCUUUAAAAUUUUCAAAUAUUUUUUGCAUUUCACUUUC